AUGGCGGGGCCGUCGGAGCGCGGCUUUGCGGGUCCGUCGGAGCGGUCCCGCGCGCCUUUCACUGACCGGGGCCCUGCCGGGUCGUUGAGCCCCGCAGAGCCGCGGUCCUGGCCCCCAGGCCCCGGGAGCCCGCGGGGGAGCGGAGGGCAAACCACAGGCUUGGAACGGCGAGACAGACCACCCCAGCUCUCAGGCUUCGGAAAUGAGAAGUGGAAUGAGAAACGGAUGACCCACCUCCAGCGCAGAGAAACUCGCCCCGGACGGUACCAGCUGGACGCCGACCUCGACGCGCGAAUCGCGCAGGUGUUUGAUAAGGACCUGCGCGCCCUCCAGUCCUUCUGCACCGGUAAGGUAAACCUGCUCCAUCGCAGAGUGCAGUCUCAGGAGGGACAAAGCUGCAGACAUCAAAAGCAGAGCAAGAGGCCGGCUGCAGGGACCUCGGAGAGCGAGCCCCUAAACUGUACCAUCCCUGCGGAGCUUUUCAACAGAAUCUACUUUAAAAACAUGCGGACAGCACCGGAGCAAAUGCGGUCAGCUAAGCAACACGUACCCUCUCAGUGUCCCAGCUGUAACAAGAAAAGAGCAGAGCUGGCCCAGUCCACCUUCCUGAGACAGAAGAAGACUUUCCUGGAGUCACUUCUACUCCAGGAGAAAAUUGAUGAGCAUCUGCAUACGACAGACUUUCUCACCCGUAUUGGGGAAGCUCACCAGGGCCUCCCCAGGCUUUCAGAUGACCCCCAAAUAAUCUGGAAAAGACUGAAUGAGAGAAGUCAGAUCGGAUAUUCUGGUUUUGAAAGGUCCAAUACAGGGUAGAAGAUGUAGCAAGAACGAAAUCGCACUUGCCCUUUUUCUUUGCCACUUCUAAAGAGGUUUACUUUAGUGAGGCAGAUUUUCAGUGAUUAUGUGGAAUGUGGACAGAUGUUCCUAUUGUGUAUUUGAGUAAUUACCAUCAUCUACAGUCACUUGGAAACUAACUUAAGAUUGUCUAUGCGUUCUUAACAAAUCGAGGGCUAAGAACUUUUUAAUCCAAAUUUAUUUCUCAGGUUAUAGAAAGCAGUGUAGUAACUGGAAUGCUUAAUGAAACUUGACAACAAUCCAGGGGAGAGAUAUUAGUAGUUUGGACUAGGUUGUUGACCGUAGAAAGAAAGAUGUACAAAGAUGUAAGUGAUACUUGGGGAGUAAUAAUUUACUGUCUUUGGUAAUGAAAUGGCUAUGGAGUUUAAUAAAAGGUACGUAUUAAAAAUGCUAUGAUUCUGACUUGGGUACCUACAUGAGUGAAAAUUAAUACGAAAACUUGAAGAGGGUCAUGUUUCAUAGAAUGAUCAAGACUGUGAUUUGGAUAAGAGUAAACUGAGGUGUAUUUGGGACAUCCACAUUGAAAGUGAGGAAACAUUGGCAAUUUGUAUUGUUUAUCUUGAAGGUUUGAAAUAAAGGGGAGCAGGUGAAGAAAUCAUUGACCUGUAGUUGGAAAUUGAAGCCAUAGAUGUAGUGAGUGCUUCUGGGAGAGAGUAGGUUGAGAAUAAAAGCAGCGGUAGUAGCAGCACAUGAGAAAUGCCAACAACUGGAACCAGCAGUUUGCAUAAUGGCUGUAUCACUGGACUCCCAUGUAGUUGACC